AGGUAAGAUAAUCAUUUUUUUGCCUUAUAAAUACCAACCUCAUUGCCAAUUGCUCUCCCAAACGAAAACAAGGCAAAGCAUUAGAAGAAAAGAAGGCCACGUUCACAAAUUUUCCCAUAAAACAUUAGAAUCUUAUCAUUGAGCUAUAACAUUUUCAAAUUAUGCCAGUUGAGGGCUCUUCCCCUUGUAGCCAAACCGUGUGUGUCACCGGUGCUGGUGGCUUCAUCGCAUCCUGGAUUGUCAAGCUUCUUCUUGAAAAAGGUUACACUGUCAAAGGCACUUUAAGGAACCCAGAUGAUCCCAAGAAUAAUCAUUUGAGAGAGCUUGAAGGAGCAAAUGAAAGGCUUACUCUCCACAAAGCUGAUCUUCUCGAUUAUGAGUCUCUUAAGGAAGCCAUUAAUGGUUGUGAUGGAGUUUUCCACACAGCUUCACCUGUGACUGAUGAUCCUGAACAAAUGGUGGAGCCGGCCGUGAAUGGGACAAAAAAUGUGAUAAUGGCAGCGGCAGAGGCCAAGGUUCGACGAGUGGUAUUCACGUCUUCGAUUGGUGCAGUGUACAUGGACCCCAACAGGAGCCCUGAUGUCGUUGUUGAUGAGUCUUGCUGGAGUGAUCUGGAGUUUUGUAAGAAUACCAAGAACUGGUAUUGUUACGGGAAGGCUGUGGCAGAGCAGGCAGCCUGGGAAAUGGCCAAGGAAAAAGGAGUGGACCUUGUGGUGAUAACCCCUGUUCUAGUGCUAGGUCCAUUGCUGCAGUCAACUGUAAAUGCAAGCAUUGUUCACAUUCUCAAGUACUUAACCGGCUCAGCAAAGACCUAUGCCAACUCAGUUCAAGCCUAUGUUCACGUUAGAGAUGUUGCCUUAGCACACAUUCUUGUCUUUGAGAAUCCCUCUGCCUCUGGCCGAUACCUCUGCGCCGAGAGCGUCCUCCACCGUGGAGAGGUGGUGGAGAUUCUAGCCAAGUUCUUCCCUGAGUAUCCCAUCCCAACCAAGUGCUCAGAUGAGAAGAACCCAAGAGCAAAACCCUACAAGUUCUCAAACCAAAAGCUAGAGGACCUGGGGUUGGAGUUCACCCCUGUGAAGCAGUCCCUAUAUGAAACAGUCAAGAGCUUGCAAGAGAAAGGUCACCUGCCUAUACCAGCACAGCAAGAAGACUCACUUCGGAUUCAGUCUUAGGAUUUUCAGAUCAUUUGUCCUACCCAGCUAGCUACCCUUGGUAAGGGAACUGGCAUGGCCCCUGGGAGGAUAGCAUUACUGCUUCAGUAAUCCGUUGUAAUACAUAUUAUAUAGCAAACAAUGUCAGUUUCUUUUUUUUAAUCGUUUUGUGCACUGAUUGCUUAUUAUAUACCAAGAUAGUUAUUGGACUCAACAAUCUCGUGAAUAUCAAUGAAUAUAUGUAGCCUAUUAAUGUU